AUGGCGCAAUCCUCAUCUCGAUACGAGGCUGUCCCUUCACUGUCCAGCAUUGAGCGAUUACGAGACGAUGAAAUCUUACUUGAAGACCUACCACCUCUGAGUUCUGUGAAGUCACGCGAGCGGAAAAUUAUAUCAAGAAGACCGCAGUUUAAGUGGAGCUCGGGUCUCAGAAUCAUCAGCACUAUGAUAAUCGGCUUUAUCAUUUUAUUCGCAGUUAUCGCCUAUCUGUCCUUCAUUUGGUUCGGAAAGGGUACAGGUUCAUACUGGUCGCGGAUCGCUCUGUCGAACUGGGUCUCAACUUCGGUGGUAAUGAGCGCUGUGAUUAUCAGAACAGUUGUCACAUAUCACAUGAUGCUAAACACCUCAGUCUUAGCAUUAAUUGCCAUGAGGACUGGUGUUGCAUUGAAUAAGAUACCUCGAAUUUCCAGCAUGCGAUAUAGUAACAGUGGCCCUCUCGAAUUACUGUAUCUCUUCUUCAGAUCAGCGAAAUACUGUCUCAGUCCAUGUGUCUUCUCCCUGACACUUAUAUCUGGGGUUCUCACCAUACUGCUCCAAUUCAGCUCAACAUUACUCAUCUCGGAUCUUGCUACCGAUGACGUUAAAACACCUGCUAAUAGUUCCCGUACCGCGGUCAUGCCCUUGAUCCACCCCGAGAUUCUGUCGGAAAACUUCUACACGGAUGGGUUGAUUUCCAGCGAAACUACAUAUCCCGUAUUUGCCGAGUUUUCGCAACGUGAAGAAAGAUCCAACGACUCUAGAGUUGAUGAUACCGGCCCGAUGAUACGGGCCCUCCUACCUGUAUCUACCGAAACCCAUCGAUCCAGGAUACUUUCUUUCGAGGGCAACGCAUCAAUUUACGACGCUCGAUGGAUUUGUUCUCAGCCUAAGGUCACCAACAUAAGCUUAGUUUGGACUGGUACGGAGGGCCUUUAUCUCACUGGGAACGUCGAGCCAUUGACUCUAGUGGCCCCCAUGGUCACAGCGAACCACUCUACAUCGUUCAAUUGCUCUCUCAUCCCUACUACUAGUUUCUCCGGAAUUUGGACCUUAAUGACAUGUCCGCUCAUUGACGCUCUGAGAAGUGGUGCAAACACUAAUUUCGGGCUCAUGAGCGGGAUAGAUACAGCAUACAAUACCACAAAGGUGCACACUAUACUGAAUCAGACCUGGACGAAGGAGUACACACAAAGGACCAGGUUGCCGUUCGAUCCCGACAUCAGUAUGGAUAGCGGAUAUUUCAACUAUGAAGGCUCCAUAGGUUACUCAGACCUCCUCAUCAAUGUCACUAACAUUAUAUUGCCCUACGAGGAGAGUGGUUACUCUGUAAUCAGGAUAAACGAAACUGUCAUAACUGAUGACUGGUAUCUCGCUGCUAAUGAUAGUAGUGCCUGGAAUUCCACUGGCAUCGGUCCUUGGACACGCCUUGAGUCAACUCAGGCUGUAUCAGUCGAGUAUACCGGUCGUUAUAAACUAGAUAACAUCACAUUCCCUAUCAAGAAUUUGAACAUGGUUAUCGACAUGAGUUACUGCUCAGAUGCGUAUGCGUACGUCAAAAACGUUCAAGUGAAGGCACAGCGGAAAACAUCCAAGGAUGAGCCGAUCUCACUGUCGGAUGGAAUUCUACAGAUAGGUGCUACAGGCAAUCAAACUGAUACAGAAGAGCGGGGCAUCAUGCAACUCGAUGAAGCAGAACUCUAUGGACAACUCGAGGCGGAAAGAACUGAGAUCAUGCGCAGUAAAUCCGAUGUGCCAAUCAAUCCAGUGUCAAGCGAUCUUAACCAAUUCGUUACCCACGCCAACCUGCAAAGAUCCCCCCGGGCAUGGUUUCCUUUAUCCCUUUACAUGGGAGACAGCCUCAAACCUGUACAUGAAUCUCGUGUCGGUUUGUUUCAGCAUAUCAUACAAGAUACCGGUUCACCUGCCCUGGCAAUGCAAGCAAUGCAACAUACCUUGAUCACAGACCGGUAUUAUAAGUACAUGCCUCUCUUCAAGAACGAGUCCACUCAGAUCAUGACUUUUACAGAACAGGCUAUCCAGCCAGUCAAGUCCACGGGCUUCAUCGUUGUAUUAAUUGGUCUUCUGCUGCAUAUGGCUUUGACUGCGUUCACAUUCAUCACACUGGGGGGUUCCAGUGGAUGGGCAAAAACAAUCAAUUCAAUCGAUCAAUCGUGGCAGUCUUAUGCUCAAGUCUUGACACUUCGAGCUGAAGUUGAUGAGAUAUUGGAUAAGGAAGACUCCACUCAGGCUAUCGACGACAAGGUCGAAAAGAAGUUGAAGCAACAGGGUUUGGCGAAUCAGAUAUUCGUGCUUGCAGAGAAUGAUGAUGGUCAAGUGAGGUUUAGAAAGGGACUGGAAGGUUUGAAGGAGGCUUGA